GUAUGAGACACGACUUCGCUCCGGAGCAAGCUUUACUCUACCCAGAGAGCUAAACUGCUUCAGAAGAUUUUGGCUGCUACUUGGGCUUUCCACACCGAUCUAUGUCACGCCGGCCACACAAGAAGUCCCGCAAUGGGUGUCUUGGGUGCAAGAAGCGGCAUAUAAAAUGCGAUGAAAACCAGCCAGUCUGCGCCAAUUGUGCCUCGGCAGAGAUUAGGUGCUCGUUUCUCGAUGCCGACUCCCCAUACAUCGUGCCAGCUUUUCCCUAUACACAGGUAGCGGGAUCUGGCGGCCCUUCCACUAGGGCGUCCACGCCAACUCUAACACCAUGGCCCGAGCAUACCAUGAGCAUCCAGGGCCCGCGGGAUCCUUACGAUGUAAACAUGACUCACCUUGAGCUCUUCGAUAACCUCUCCAGCGAAGCGUUUCGCUCCGUUGAGGAAUCAGGACGACCAGAUAUCACGACAACCAAUGUUUAUGCAAAGCAUGCUCUAGCGAACCCGUAUCUAAUGCACCAGAUGCUCGCAGCAUCGGCCUUGCACCUCAGCACGAGGACUACGGAGUUUCGUGACACUUACCGUCAAUAUGCCACAGGCCUCCUGAAUCGAGCUCUCUCGCUCUUCAACGAAGCGAACCCAGUCCUGGAAGUUACUCCGGCCAAUUACGUCCGCAUGUUCCUAUUCUCGUCCGGGGUUGGGAUCCAUCUCCUGUGCGAGACGUUGCAUUAUCAAAGAGACGGUCUCGAACGCUUCGUUGAGAGGUUUUCACACUGUUUGGGCAUCUACCGGGGUUUGCUUGCCGUCAUCGACCAAAGUCGGGACCUGCUGCUGGAGUCAGAGCUAGGACCUCGUCUGAAACUGACCCAGGCGCUCCUGGACACCACGGACGCGAACGGAUCAGAAUGCAGCGCCCUCGAGGGUUUGAUAUCUACACUAGAUGCAGACCCAGGCUCGCAGGAGAUAUAUCGAGAGACCGUGUCCCAUCUUCAGCGGGUCUUCAACGCGCAGCGCGCAGCCUCGGGAACCAAGAUCGCGGUGCCCACGGUGCUGGCCUGGCCGGUGCUCGUGCCACCCGAAUACGUCGAUCUGCUGCGGCAAGGGCAAGCGGAAGCACUCGUUAUCCUCGCGCAUUAUGCUGUCCUGCUGCACCGGUGCCGCGAAUUGUGGCUGUUCGGCGACAGUGGUCGGUUUCUCAUCGAGUCCAUCCGUGGAGACCUGGACUCCUCCCACUGGCGGGAAUGGCUGAGGUUCCCAAACGCAGCGCUUCGGGAGGAGACGACCAUUGCUACUUGAAGGCUAGAAUUGGACCCUCAGGAUAUGUUUCUGAAUCGCCAACACAUGGGGGAUGCGGCGACAGGGCGAAGUUUCUCGACUGAUCCCACAAAAGAAUCUUGCUGCCUGGAUUCUAGUCGCGUUCCUUGGAGCAUGGAGCAGGAAUGCCACAGCCGGACCCCUAUCUCCAGUUCGCAAGCGAAUGAUACCGACAAGGCUGCCAGCAAAAUAAGAUCCACCACCGGGACCCAUCUUGUUAGUGUACGCGUACACUAAGCCCAAAAUAUACACGGGUGGGGACUCGCACCUGCCAACUUGUAGAACAGAUAUUCGCUAAGGUCCAAAACUGGCUGUAUACACGUACACUAACCUGGUGCGGGCACACUGUAUGAGGAUGGAUGUGCCGAAUGGAGGCUGUGCUUGUGAUGGAUGAGGCAUUGCAGGACUGACUGUGGAUCCGUAUGAUUGAAUUUGCGCC